AUGGAAGGCGAAGCUUCAUUGUUUGAGACUAGUGAAAUACUGGCAACCUUUCUGGCCUCCACACCACUGCUAUCUGAGUCCUGGAAUAUUUGCAGCCAUGCCAACGCCACAGCACCGCAAAGUUUUAUCUCGAAUCGAAUCGGGGCCGUGACUUAUGUUGCCUUUUCCGGGGUGCAAGCGGUUGCCGGGUUGGAACCCGGUUGCAGGAAUCUGGUACCGUUGCACGAGACUGCAACCGGGCUGUUUCCUGCGUUGCAUCGGCAUGUUGACGGCGAAGACCCGGUCAUGGUUCACGAGGGGUUGUUGCAUCUGUUCCUGUCUAUGUAUAACAGCCAAAUCUUCCAAAACCAGGUCAGUUUCUUCAUGUUUCAUCAUAUGCAUAUCCCAUAA